AUGGAACUGGCAGCAGCUAAUAUGUCGACCAAGCUGACUGUCCGCGAGCGGCUCACACUCUGCAAGUGGGCCGACAGCCUACCUGGUGACAUCACUCCGACCCUCGCGCGCGGUGCGGAAUGGGUCAAGGUCGAGUUCGGAAAGGAUGUCCCCGAAGCCGUCAUCCGGACCGUCCUAGACCGCGCCGAUAUGACAGAUGACUUUCACGCCUACAACGACGGCGAGAUUGCCCCCCUGAUACGCCCAGGUUUCGGUAAAGAAUUCUGGGAGAUGCCUGACGACGAUGCCGCGUUCCCCAGCGCCGUGCAGAAGUGGAAAGCAUCCACCCUGACGUGGGGAGAGAUCGCCAUCUUGUGGUUCGUGGAGAAGAUCACGAACAAGCCUGACUGGCAUCUCAAGGUCUUUGAUGAGGAGAUUGUUGCCAAGUGGAAGCAGGAGGUCAUGGCUGUUGACUGGACAGACGUGGGUCUCAAGUAUGCUUAUUUCGACGACGAUUUGUUUACCUUUGCGCUUGCUGAGCUCCGCGAGAAAGCCAAGCUGUUCGAAGCCACUGGCCUGAUCCCCAUCUUCGAUGCCUCGUCCGCCGUCAUCAAGUCUGACAGCGCCAUCACCCCGAAAGUAAAAGAGGAGCUCAAACAAGGCGUGGCCGCUCUCGAAAAUAUACCCGAGAACGAAAAGGACUGGCAUCCCGGUAGCGACGGCAAGGUCCUGGACCUCGUGCACCCUUCUCUCUGGCCUCUUGUCUUUGGAAAGUCUCGCAUCGUCGCCGCUAAGCGUAUCCUGCUCAAAGACACGCUGGCGGCCUGCGGCACAGGAGACGUCAUCCCCGUUCCCAAGAAGAGGUAUCCCGACCACCAAUCCUCCGACGACCUGUGGUCCGUCAAGUACCAGUGGCUCCCGUGCGACAUCGACAUCGAGGAGGGCAAGCCGAAAAUCAUGAGCUACAUCAACAACCUGCACCCCCAGCAUCAUGCCAGUCUCUACACCACCAUCGAAAAGGUGCUCGAGAAGGCUCUCCCCAUGUGGGAUCUGGUCUACAGGUGGCACGAAGACUACGAGACCCUCCGCAUCCCCUGUGAAUCGGCCCGGACACAAUGCCUAGCGGAGUGCAGCCGGUGGUGCUGUCCCGAAAAACGCCCGCUAGACCCAGACGAGGCCGAACGUGACGACGACGAAUACAACGACGAUUACGGCGGGUACAGCGCCGAGGAGCCCAGCCGCGAACUCUGGCGGAGAGACAAGAUCUGGUUCGAACGCACCCACCCAAUCGAGAGGCCGCCCGUCCCUGCGUACAAGCCCAUGGAGCUCCAGCCCAAGGACGUCAACCUGACCUCCGGUUUCUUCAACCACGCCGACCGCAUCCAGGUCAUUGUGAAGCUCGCCAACAUCCACCUCACGCCCGAGAAGCCGACGUACGACGGCGGGUCCUGGCACAUCGAGGGCCAGCUGAACGAGCACAUCGCCGCCACAGCGCUCUACUACUACGACAACGAGAAUAUCACCGACAGCCACCUCGCCUUCCGCACCGUUGCCGACAGGGAGCAGCUCAUGGGGGAGCUCAACUACGAGCAGGGCGACUUCCACACCAUUAACCGGACGCUGGCGAUCACCUCCCACGCGGACACGAACCAGCGCCUCGGCAGCGUGCUCACGCGCGAGGACAGGCUGCUCGCGUUCCCCAACGUCUACCAGCACUGCGUUGCGCCGUUUGAGCUCGUCGACAAGACCAAGGCGGGCCACCGCAAGAUCCUCGCUCUGUUCCUCGUGGACCCGAGGAUUCCGAUUAUCAGUACGGCGAAUGUGCCGCCGCAGCAGAGGGGGUGGUGGAAGGAGGGCGCGGCGCCGGGAGACCGGUUAGGGACGUUGCCGCCCGAGGUUACGGAUAUGGUGUUUGAUAAUAUGGAUUUCCCGAUUGGGAUCGAGGAGGCCAAGAGGAUACGGGCUGAUUUGAUGAAGGAGAGGACGACGAUCGCCGAGCAGGGGAUGGGGGUGAUGACGACUACGGAGUGGAACUUUUCGGUGAAGGGAGAGAAACUUGGAAGCUGUGUUGAGACGUCUGCUUCCUCAGCUCCUGACUGCGGUUGCGGUCCGAUUGGACGAUCUGACGGCAUCCUGCACUCCCGCACACCUCAUCGACCUCGUUUCGUCAUGCUUUACUACCUCAUCAACAGCUUCAAGUCCAACAAGGACGCCAGACCUAGCCUCCAGCCACCAUCCCACCAAGAUGCCUCAACCCCUGAGAAAUGGCUCGCCCACAAAAUCCACCAAGCAUCAACCACCACUCCCGCCCUCAACUCAAAGACCGUCACCACCAACACUGUCGUCGACGACCUGAACCCAAGCCUCACCAACCUCCGCACUAUCGUCCAAAACGACCCCCACCUUGCCGUCCUAGCAGACCAAAUGUUCGCCCAAGCCGCCGCCCUCCAGCCCCGCGACCCGACAGAGCAACCCGCCGUCCAGUCCUUCCGCCAGUUCCUGCAAGUGGUCAACGUCAUCAUGCGCUCAGGGCCGCAAUUCUUUGAUCGGCCGGGUAACGAGGACGCCAUGGGGUUCGUGGCGGCGCCGAUUAAUGCCUUGUUGAAUUAUCCCAUGGGUACAGCGGCGGGUUACGAAUUCUUCCGGAGGUCGGAGGUAAAUGAGGCGAUGGGAGGAGUGUUAAGUGCUUGGGGCGAGUUUCUUGCUUCGGGGGCUUCGAGGGGGUGUUUGAGGGCUUGGGUGUCUGCUUCUGGGCAGGUUGUGAUGGCGGAGAGGGCGAAUGGAAGAGUUGGUGAUGGGGAGGGAAGUGGUGGGCUGGGGUUUAAAGAACUGUUUGUUUGUCCUGAUCCUGAGGAUACGGAGACGCUUGGGUAUGAAUCGUGGGAUGCGUUCUUUGUAAGGCGGUUUCGGGAGGGGGUGCGGCCUGUGGAGUUUCCCGAUGACGAGGACCACAACGGCGGGGAGAAGCUGUCUGUCACGGGCAGCAGUGGCACUGUUGACAUUCAAGUCGACGACAACACCUCGGUCAUCGUCAACGCGUGCGAGUCGGCGCCGCUGCAAGUCAUAUCCGACGUCGCUCUACGAGCAGACGUCACGCUGAAAGGCCAGCCGUACUCCCUCACCGACAUGCUCAACAACAACGCGCUCGCGCCGCAGUUCGUCGGCGGGACGAUCUACCAGGCCUACCUGAGCGCCUUCAGCUACCACCGCUGGCACGCGCCAGUGAGCGGGCGGGUCGUCGAGGUGGAGAUGAUUCCGGGGACGUACUUCAGCGUGAACCGGUUCCAGGGCAUAGCUGCGUGUGGGAACGACAACGAAGGUACAGAUGGUCCGGAUCCGCAGGCGCCGUGUAGGUCGCAGGCGUACACCGCUUCCGUGGCGACGCGGGCGGUGGUGUAUAUCGAGGCGCGGAAUCCGAGGAUCGGGCUGAUGGCGAUUGUGUUUGUGGGUAUGACGGAGGUGUCUAGCUGCGAGGUGACUGUGCGGGCUGGCGAGGAGGUUGUAAAGGGGCAAGAGAUUGGGAUGUUUCACUUUGGGGGUAGUUCGCAUUGUUUAGUGUUCCGGCCGGGUGUCGAGUUGAGAUUUGUUGAGAACCGGUCUCCUGCGGGUCUUGAGGGGAAUAAUAGGGUGAAUAGUGCGCUCGCUGUAGUUGAGUGA